UGAGGCUUGAACGCCACAAGCAACAUGUCAGUGGACGAAGAGGCGUACAAGAAGGCAAAGGAGCUCUUUGUGUCUGGGCACAAUGGAACCAGUGUGGGCGAAGUUGCCUUGGUGCUGUCUGUCCUGUCAACGAGUCUGUGGUUUUACAGCGAGCUCAUGGUCGUCGUCGAAAAACUGGGGCUGCUGGGAAAGAGCAAGCUUCAGCGCACGCUAUCGUUGCUCGUGAUCGAGUUUGUGCUGCUUGUGCUGCCGAUUUUGAUCUCGUUCACGUUCACCGAGUUCACGCUCCCCAUCACCCUUGUGUUUGCCGUCGGAGCGAUUGCCCUUGGCACCCUUUCGUGGCGCCAUGCCAGCGAGUCGGACAAGAAGCUGGCGCGCAAGGACAAACUGACGUUCCUUAUGUCGACCGAAAAGCCAGCAGUGACGUGCUUUCGAGCGCAAAUGAUGAUUUGCACCUGUGUGGCGAUCUUGGCCGUGGACUUCACCAUCUUUCCCCGCCGAUUUGCCAAAACCGAGACCUUUGGCGUGAGCUUGAUGGACAGCGGCGUUGGUCUGUUCAUCAUGUCGUCGGCACUGACGUCGGCGUAUGCCCGAGGCGCGGUGGCCAAGCGGGCGUCGUCUUCAUUUUCCCUUCGAGCGAUUUGGCUGUUCCUACGACCCAUGCUGCCGGUGCUCGUGCUGGGAGUGAUUCGAUAUGUAUCGGUCAAGAAAGUCAACUACCAAGAACAUGUGACAGAGUACGGCGUGCACUGGAACUUUUACUUUACGCUGGCGAGUUUGUACUUAACGUUUUCCUUGCUGGCGUUGUUUGGCUCGAUCGCGACGUCAGUCCCCGUAGCCCUGCUUCUUCUUGCAGGGUACCAAGUUGGCUUGACAUCGUACGGCAUCGCAGACUUUAUCUUUCACGCCCCACGCGUCGAUUUGUUUAGUCAAAAUCGCGAAGGCAUUUUCAGUUUGUGUGGUAGUCCAUUCAUAUCCUCAACUACUCGUUUUCGGCUAACGAUAAUAAUGCCAAGGGUACUUGCCGUUGUAUUUGCUGUCGGUGGCCAUCGGCCAAGUGAUUUUUUCCACCUCCAACUCGACGACCUCCCGGCACUUAGUCCGUGGAGACCGCUGGGUCGUUGCGACGCUGUUUAUGAUUGGAAUGACUGCGUGGGGGGUGACGAGCUUAGCGACCAAGCACCUGACCCAACCGUCUCGCCGUCUAAUCAACGUACCCUACGUUGGAUGGAUCGUGUGGCAAGGCGUCCUCGUGCUCACCACGCACUCUGCGUACCUCCAUCUCUGCAUGUCGCCGCGGGUGCCGUUGAUUUUCACAGGCAUUUCGCGCAACCAGUUGUUUGUGUUUUUGAUUGCCAAUUUGAUCACGGGCGCCGUCAACCUGUCCAUGCAAACGCUGUACGCGCCGCCGGUCGUGGGAUUCGGCAUCAUGCUGUUGUACCUGUUUGCCGUGAGCGUCCUCGCAGUGGGCCUCGAAUGGUUUCACAUCAAAGUCAAAUUGUAGUAGUUGCAAUAAUAUGGAGUGAAGAAUCAAGGCUGAGCUUGUACUGACUGCUA